AUGUUUGAGUCCAUAUUUGUGAAUCCAGUGGUUCUAUCUUUGUUCCUGAAGAGUUGGCAGCAGAAUUGUGAUCAAUGUUCUCGACUGCCUCGGCAUGAAAAUGAAUUGGUAUCUUUUGAGUGGUUCUUGUGUGUUUCUGGCCUCAUCAAAACUAGUUGUGGCCUUGGACAUUUAGUGCUCACAAAUAGAAGACUGCUGUUUCACAAACUUGGUGCAAACACUCUCCAAAACCUGUGUCGCAUGCAACAAAUUGAAAAAGUCACAAAGGUAAACACCUACUCGAUUUUCAGUCAGGUCGGUGGACUGCAAAUUGUCACAAAAGAUGGCCAAAAAAUCACAGCAAAUUUGAAAAAACAACAGGAAAUGUGGUAUCUAAUUCUGUGUGAAAUGUGGGCUGCAAAAAUGUAUUCAAUUGAACAGAAGGAAAAUGACGCCAUAUUGAUAGGAGCAGAGACUGUCCUUGUUCUGAUGGCUUUACAAAAUUGCAAAUCCAGUCUUCAAUCACACUUCAUUAAUGUUGAUCAAGUGGCAAGCAAUAUGUGCUGUUACUUCAAACUCAAACAAGCAGGAUGUCUAAAGCUGUCAAAGCACACUGCAGAUGUUUUACAGAAAAAAAUGAACCCUAACAUCGACAAUGAGUGCCAAACUGUAGUAGACAUAUUGUAUAUACCCAAAGGUGAAAGGUCACAGUUAUGGUGUGCUCUGGGUAAUGGUGUUGUGAGGGUCUUUGAUGCCAAUGAGUGGGAACUAGAAAAAGAAUUUGUACAAACCAAUCAAACAGUGGGUUGUUUGUUCUCACCUUCAAGCCAUCAGAUAUGGGCUGGAUGUGUCAACAUCCUUAUUAUCAACACAGACCACAUCAACUUCUCCAAGAAUUCUUUACUGAUUGUUGAUCUUGAUGGAGUCGCAAUCAAAGCAGUCAAGCCUUCUUGUAUGCUCAAAACAACAAAAGAUGCUGAAGCGAUGAUUUUAGAAUGUUUCCACAUUGUGAAGCCCACCAAAGAGAUUUGGUUGGGAUAUUUGAACACAAACAGAAUUCUUGUAUUGGACAGUGAAACUUAUGAAAUCAAAGAUACCAUCAGCUUGAAAUUCGACAGUACGAUUCAAAGUGGAAUAACUGCCAUAAUUGGAGUUAAAGACAUGCUUUGGAUUGCAACCAAAGAAGGGACGAUUCAUAUCUACAAUCUCUACAGUCAUCAAAAACUGUUGGUUUUGGAAGGCCACAAUGAUGCUAUUUAUUGCCUCCAUGUAACAGGAGAUCGUUACAUCUUCAGUGGGGCAGGCAGUGCUGAUAGCAAAAUUGCCGUCUGGCGAGCUCACAUGCUCACCCCAGUCUAA